UAAGCAUGAUCCUUGCAAUAUGAAGUCAGGUCUUUCAGUCGGUCAAUGCAUUUAACCAAAUUAAUUAGACAGGGCCAAAUUGCAAAGAGUUGGGCUGAAUAUAAAACGGAAUCUUGUUGUCCAGGAUCUUGACAGAGAUCAACUUGAUCUUGUCACAGUACGUCGAACACAAUGGCAAAAUUGUCACAUAUCAUGGCUCAAGCUUUACUUAAUGUGUGGGUGACAUACAGCAAUUGUUUGGUCAUGGAGAACACAUCAUUCCGCAAAUACCCAGGAAAAUGUACUCAUUCAUGGGAGAGUGCUAACCGUGGUUUGAGGAAACCUUUACUUGAAGCAAUUGGUAUGUGCUUCCCAGGGAAUGAUUGCGACGGCGUCCGGUGUGAUCCAACCAUGAAGCAAUGUGAGCAUAGGAUCUCUUCCAAUGACACCAAUUCUUGUAGUUACUAUUACAAUGGUGAUAGGGAUGACAUUUUUCUAAAUCAGGAAAGCAUUUCAAAUAAUUUUGAGCUGUUCAUUGCUGUCCUUGAGGAGGGAAAAAUGUGGUCCAUGGAGAAUUUUGAGAGGGAGCCUUUAUUGUUUCCCCCUUUGCUUGGGGAUUAUCUUACGGUGGAAUAUGAGGGACGAUUAUUGGCAUGUGCGUGCGUAAAAAAGCAAUGCCUCACGUGGUCAAACGGAGGUGACAAUUGGGAACCUUUUCCUUCAUUGCAAAUGACUCAUCUGAGAGGAGCGUUUCUCCUACUGAAUGGUCAGCCCAUAAUUAUUGGUGGUCAAUAUCAUCAUUUGAAUGGUACAAUUCAAAAUCAUGGCGUUGUGGAAAUAUUCAACGGAACUAUGUGGACUCGAGGACCAGAAUUUCCUUCACCAACUUUGUAUGGCGUCAUGUAUUACAUCAAUGAGACCACCCUUGGCAUCACAAAUUUGGAAAGUCCAUUCUUUUUGUUUAUUUUGAAUGGAGAGAGCAUGGUUUGGCGGCAAUUGCCAAUACCAGGAGGUCACAGAUAUCCAUUUAUGUCCUGCAAUGUUUUUCAAAGAAUUAUUCCAGAUCACUUGUUUUGUUACAAUAUGCGUACCGGACAAGACGCUAUUAUUGACUUGAAUGCACCCCAUCAUGAAACAAUUGUAAGUGACAAUAGGGUCCCUAUUAAACCUCCAGGACUCAUUGGACGCUUUCAUUUAAAAGAAAACAUUCUGUUUCAUUAUCCGAUAACUUGGCCAUCUAAGUUUUCUUCGGCAAUCUUCUCAAUUGACCUGACGGAAAUGGCGGUCGGAUGGAAAAGAGUGGACAACUUUGACGUUGGUUUUUUUAAUCGCCCCAAUACUCUGUUCAAUGUCAAAUCUUUUGUGUUCCAUAGGCCUUGAGUUAUGGAGAAUGACAAACGGGGUUUGUAAUAUUCUGCUUGUUUUAUUUACUGUUUUUUUCUAUUCUCAUUUGACUAUGUUCUAUCUUUCAUUGGACAGUGUACCUUCAGACCAAUCGGCAAAUGCUUCUAUAAGCAAAUUUUGUAUUAAAUGUAAAAAGGAAAUAUACCCUGUUUGCAUUUAUAAGCAUGUAAAAGAAUAAGAAUUUCGGUUUCGUAAGCAUGUUGGGGAAAUAUAAUCUGAUCGGAUUGUUGUUCAA